GAAAAAUUGCUGCAGCUAUGAGCGCCUCGGGAGACCACCAGCUCGGCGUUACUCCCCGCUCCUAUCAGUAUGAAGUGUUGGAUAAGGCAAUCGAUAGCAAUGUCAUUGCCGUGCUCGACACUGGAAGUGGGAAGACCUUGAUAUCGGUUAUGUUGAUAAGUCACAUGGCUCGCCUCGAGCAAAAACGCAGGACUGAAAACCCAGGUUUACGGACUAGGCUUAGUGUCUUCCUUGUUCCUUUGGUACCGCUGGUUCUGCAGCAGGAGGAAUACGUCAGGAAACACUGUAAUCUUAAAGUCAAACACUAUUAUGGAGCAAUGCGUGUGGAUGACUGGUCUGAAGAACGAUGGAAAAAUGAAGUCAGCGAAGCAGAGGUGAUGGUUAUGACAGCGGACAUUUUCAGAAAUAUGCUGUGCCGUGCGUAUAUUGCAAUGGAACAGAUAAAUCUCAUUAUUUUUGAUGAGUGUCAUCAUGCACGUAAAAACCACGCAUACAAUCAGAUCAUGGGAAUUCAUUAUAAACAAUGUCGAGAGUCAGGGAGGCCGAAGAUUUUUGGCAUGACAGCAUCGCCGACAUUUGGCAAGGAAAGCUACCAAAGCUCUAUAAUGCAAAUCGAAGGAAAUCUUGAUGCAAGAGCAGUCACGGUAGAUGUUGCAGAGGUAUCCCCGCAUGUACCGCGUCCAAAGCAAACAGUCGUCUACUACAAAGGCACGGAGCGUGCUGAUCCACCGGCUCUUUAUUAUCUUGUGAAACAAUAUGGCGGGCCUGCGGAAGAGGAAUUGGCGGCUGCUCUCAAGAAGUCCCUUAUCCUCUGCGAAGAACUGGGAACAUGGUGUGCAGCACGGGCGUUAGAAAUGGCGGUUCUGGCUACAGAUGCACGACUUAAACGGUCUCGUGUCCUUCAAUGGCACAAUGGUCGACCGACAGAGGAAUGCUCUGAACCGAAGGAGUUGGAAAAAGUUGCCGCUUUUGCCAACCUCAAGAGCUAUGUUAUGACGUCCCCAUUUUGGUUCGAUAACUUGUCUUCUCCGACUGCAAAUGACCUGUCGCCGAAAGUCAUGACUCUUCUAAAGGUGCUUGAAGAGUAUCGUAACUGCAAACAUUUCUGCGGAAUUGUUUUUGUUCAGCGCAGAGCUACGGCACGUGUCCUCGAUCUCGUCAUCAAGAGAUGGAAAGGUUUAGAAUUUGUAAAAUCCGAUAUCUUGGUUGGUCAUGGAAUCGGAUCCGCCAGUCCAGCAGACGUAAACCUACGCGUGCAGCAGCAAAGGAAGAUUGUUCAAUCGUUCCAGAAAGGCGAAACAAAUCUAAUUAUUGCAACCAGGGUUGCCGAAGAAGGCCUUGAUAUCAGAGCUUGUAAUUUAGUCAUACGAUUUGAUGUUUGCAUCACCUUAACGAAUUAUAUACAAUCCAGAGGGCGGGCAAGGCGCAUGGAUUCAGAAUUCAUUACGCUCUGCAAUCGCAACAGUCCCUCCGAGGCCGUGCAGCUUGCAGAGUUGCAACGAGAAGAGCAAUUAAUGCGGGCUGCUCUCCAAACGCGAGAAUCCCUGACAGGCUCCAUGGAGUCAGCUGUACAACCGUCUGACGAGGAAAUCUAUACAGUCGAAUCCACUGGUGCUUCCGUGACACUGUACACGUCAAUCGGAAUGUUAUAUAACUAUUGUGCCCUCUUACCUACAGACAGCGUUGGUGCAUUGACACCCACCUUUCAAAUCGCCCCGGUACCCGAUUUGGCCUAUGGGCCGUGUGAGUUUAAGGCAAGCGUGACGCUCCCGCCCAGUGUGCCAAUUGAGGCUCGUUAUGCGACCAGCAAACUUUGUGCCCGCAAAGCUCUGGCAAAGCAAUGGGCUGCGUUGGAGAUCAUAAAGAGGUUGCACGCAGCUGGAGAAUUGGACGACCGAUUGAAGCCGAUCAAAGCCGUAUCUCAAAUUGCGGGAUUUGACGAAAUGGUUGAACCUGUGGGAACCGGUGGCGAUACUGAGCGAAAAAAGAGGCAAAUCCUCGAAUUUCGGAUGAAAACACCGGUUUUCUGGAGGGGUUCUUGGAAGCCUCAUCAGCCGACAUGGUUAACCUUAGUUCGGAUGCAUGUCGAUAAUGGAAAUAAACCAACAUCAGAUAUUGGACUGCUGACUGUUGGUGAAGGUCCAAUGCAGAAGGGAAUUUUUCAUAUGUCGAUUGCAAACAGGUUAACCGCGGUUGAAAUUCAGUCGUCCAGAUGCCCCCUUGAUUUGGAUUUGCCAACGCUAGCAUCCGUAAAGAGGUUUCACGUGGCACUCUUCAAGGGCAUAUUGCGGAGUGAUGUCCAAGAUGAAGCGGAAUGGGCGACCAUCGUAGUACCGGUAGUGGAGACACUGACGGAUUGGACCGCCUUGGGGGAUGCAUUCGAUCCUCGAGCAGUCAUUGAUUGGGAAAGCGUCGCUUUUGCUUCGCGAGCUCAGCAGCCAUUGCUUGACCAAGAUGGGAACUUGACUUGCGCGAACCUUCAAGCUGUGGUUCUACACAGCCGCGUCCACCAUAAUCGGCUAUACUUGGUUGAUAAGGUCCAUGAUCAUUUGACACCGUACAGCGAUUGGCCGAUAGAGGAAGGAAAGUUUCCAACACUUGGACGGUAUUAUGAAGCUCGUUUAAAAUAUCCGGAACCAAUUCACACCGCACAACCGAUAAUUAAAGCUCACCGUUUACCUUACAUUACGCAAACGACAAUGGAAAAGCAACCUACUUCGGCUGCCUACCUCAUUCCCCAAUGCUGCACUAUCUACCCGAUACCGGCGCACAUUAUGCGAGGUACUGCUCUGCAUUUACCCAUACUCCUUCAGCAUUUGCAACAUCGAUUGCUGGCUUCGGAUCUAAAAUACUACGGGUUUGACGAUUUCAUGUCAGACGACUAUCUGCACGGUAGCGUUGAAGAUCUCCAGGCUGCGCUAACUGCCCCUGUAGCAGAUCCUACAGUCAAUUACGAGCGCUUAGAAACGUUUGGAGACAGUUUCCUGAAAAUUCAUCAGUCCCUGCACUUGUAUGCAUCUUACCCAACAUGUCAUGAAGGACGCUUAAGUCUCAUGAGAAACGCACUGGAGCGCAACACUGCACUGAGAGCAUGUGCUAUGAAACUCGGGUUGGAAGGCUAUGUCUUGGGAACAGGGCUGUCGAGACGGGAGUGGACACCUCCAGAGCAGCUAGGAGGUGGAGGAUCUGUUCAUAAAUUGAGCGACAAGACUGUGGCCGAUGUUGUAGAAGCUAUAAUCGGAGCAUGCCUAUGCGGAGGUGGCAUACGGGGAGGAGCUGGCGCUGUCGUCAAACUUCUUGGACAUGGAUAUGAAUCUGACUGGAGCAUUUACUCCCAAAAACUUGCGGAAAGCCGGCAGUCUCGGACUUUCACAGUAAUGGAGCCAAUCGUUCGGCAGGUGGAACAAGCGAUCGGUUAUCAAUUCAAGGACAUGACUCUUGCUAUUGAAGCGUUAGUUCAUGCGAGUGAAGCUCGUGCUGUAGCUGAAAUAGGAUCGUAUCAACGUCUCGAGUUCCUUGGCGAUGCGGCACUGGGAUUUGUUGUUACUCGACACUUGUACGCAAUCAGCCCUCCCCUGUCACCUGCUGAGCUCUCAGAAUUCCGGUCCGAGUUGGUAAACAACCAAUUCCUCUCAUGGGUUUCGUGGACACUGGGUCUCACGAAACACAUACAAUACAAUGAUGCGGCUCUGGAAAGUGCCAUCGCGCAUUUUGGUCAUCAGAUGGAACGCGUGACGGGUGGGGUACGCACACCUAGAUUCAAAACAUCCGCGUUAAAAGGACCCCUCUAUUGGAAAGAGCUCGACGCGGCUCCAAAGUCGACAGGGGAUGUAUAUGAGGCGAUACUCGGUGCAGUGUUUGUUGAUUCAGGGUUCGAUGUCGAAGCUCCUUGGGGUGUCGUGCUACGUACUUUGAUAGACCCGUGGUGGCACCUCUUUCAGGAGGCUGGAUGCGGGACAGCUCAAUCCAAAUGCGUGCGGUCUGCGGAUGAGACGAAUCCUAUCGGCGAGGCAUAUGAGUGGACGCAGAAGAUGAGAUGCGAGCGGUUGCAAUUUACCAUCGAAAUCGAUGAGGAAGCCGGUGUAAUUAGAUGCACAUGCACGUUUCAUGAUGUGCCUAUUGGAUGUGGUGAAGGCAAGAACAAGAAAAUCGCUAAGCGCAUAGCGGCAGAACACGCCCUGACCUUUCUGAGGUCGAUCGAUCGUUGUGCAUGUCACCAGGAGGGUAAAAAUUAAUACUUCAUGCAUUUAAGAAGAGCUUGAGACUGGCGUAUUACAAUCCUAUUCCCAAGCGACAUUCACAUCGUAAUGGGGGCCGCUCAGCUAUGGGGCGGAUGCCGUCAUAGCUGAGCGGGCCUGUUACGAUGUGGAUGUCAUCUGUAAAUGUGGUUUGGGGCGCAUGUAGAGCUCACUAUAUGAUAAUAUUUAAAUUGCGUUUUGACAGAGAUGAGGAUAAAUAAGAUGGGGAUUUUCUAUUUGGUCACGUA